AUGCUUACACUCUUUUCCGUCAUCCUGAGAAAAAAUUCGAUAGCUCUCGCCAUUCAGGUAAGUCAUAAAAGUAUCUUACUCCCCCCCUCCGUGAGUGAACAAAACCAUUAGAAAAAUCGCUAUUUUUUGCCCAAAAACCCACCCUCCGUGAGUGAACAAAAAUUUUUUAUGGAAAAAAAAUUUGAUAUAUUAAUAAUAAUAAUAAUAAUAAUUAAUAUAAUGAAAUCUAGAGCCAAUUCUGUUUAUUUUUUUAACGAAUUAAAACAUAAAUUUUAUAAAUUAAAUUAAUAUUUGCUUUCCAAUUUUUGCGAAUUAGGAUGUUUUUAAAUUUCGAAAAAAAAAUAUUUUUUAUAAAUUUAUAUAUAAUUAUUUUGAAAAAAAAAAAUUAACCCCCCUCCGUGAGUGAACAAAAUUUUUUAUUCACUCACGGAGGGGGGGAGUUAGGCAGGAAUUGCACCCUGCCUCACACCGUAUAUCAACCUGGGAGGGCAUUGCUAAAAAGGGAUGCAUUUAACUUAGAGGAGUCUGGACCAAAAACUGCCUCUUUUGGCAUCGACUCUCUUGCUUAG